GACAAUUAAUGAGCAAUCGCUUGUGCAUUCGUACUACUUCCAUCUCCAUACUCAAAAUUCACUAUAUAAACAGGCCUUAUGCAAUGUAGUUUUCUCAUCCUGCAACUAAAACUAGAUAUAUCAUUAUGGAAAUGAAGAAGCUUGUUCUGGUUUUCCUCUCUUUGGCUCUGGUUCUUGGCCUUUGUCAGAGUUUCGAGUAUCAUGACAAGGAGUUGGAGUCCGAGGAAGGGCUGUGGGGCAUGUACGAGAGGUGGAGGAGCCACCACACGGUGUCCACCAGCCUUGACGAGAAGAACAAGCGAUUCAAUGUGUUUAAGGCCAACGUUGAACAUGUUCACAACACGAACAAGUUGGAUAAGCCUUAUAAGCUGAAGCUGAACAAGUUUGCAGAUAUGACUAACCAGGAGUUCCGAAACCUUUAUGCUGGAUCCAAGGUUAGUCAUCAUCGCAUGUUCAGAGGCGAGCGACGUGGUAAUUCAUCCUUUAUGUAUGAAAAUGUACAAAAUGUGCCCCUAUCGGUUGAUUGGAGAAAGGCAGGCGCUGUCGCCCCUGUCAAAGAUCAAGGCCAAUGUGGCAGUUGCUGGGCAUUCUCAACAGUUGCAGCAGUGGAAGGAAUAAACUAUUUAAAAACGAGAAAUUUAAUUACAUUAUCUGAGCAACAACUUGUCGACUGUGACACCGAACAGAACGAAGGCUGUAACGGGGGCCUGAUGGACGUAGCAUUCGACUAUGUCAAGCAAAAGGGAGGUCUGACAACAGAGGGAAAGUAUCCUUACAGAGCACAAGAUGGAAUCUGUGAUUUCCAGAGGGCUAGUCAUCCAGCAGUUUCAAUUGACGGACAUGAAGAUGUCCCUGCUAAUAAUGAACGCGCAUUGUUAAAAGCAGCAGCAAAUCAACCUAUCGCUGUGGCUAUCGAUGCUGGGGGUAAUGAUUUCCAGUUCUACUCCGAGGGAGUUUUCAAUGGAGACUGCGGAACAGACCUAGACCAUGGAGUUGCAGUUGUAGGCUAUGGCGCGACCAGAGAUGGAACUCAAUACUGGAUAGUGAGGAAUUCAUGGGGAGCUGAAUGGGGAGAGAGCGGUUACAUUAGGAUGAGGCGAGGCAUUUCAGCCAGAGAAGGAAUCUGCGGCAUUGCCAUGGAAGCCUCGUAUCCGAUCAAGACCUCCUCAAGUAACCCGAGUGAUCAGACUCCUCCUAAGGACGAGCUUUGAAGACAAUCCACAUUAUUAUCUCCAAUUAUAUUUAACUUUCCCCUCUCUCCAUAAUCAUGCCUCAGGAAGAACUUGAUGACACUGUAAUAUCAUUGUAUCAUCUCGUGUAACAUAUAACUAUUUGUGACUGGAGUACGAGUAAAAUAAACUCUGUUUGUUACCA